GCAGUUCCCCACUCUGUUCAACCCUUGGAAUAAUUUUUACCCUCCACACUGGUAUUCAUCGAUGAUAAACUCAAUAUUAUUACUGUAAACAGUAGGUCUGGGACGUACAAUUAUUCGACGUAAUACAAAAGUCGUUCUUUAUCAGACUGGCGUCUGUACAGGUGCAGAUCACAUUUGAAUAGGUGUAUAAUAAUAAGCGGGUAGAGCAUUUGAUUGUCAUACACAUAUCGGUACACGGAUUACGAUAUGUCUGGCGUAAGACAGGGACUAUAUCGGGUUCGCAACGCUACCCGAACAAGUUCAUCGGAAAUCUGUCAAAAGAGGGUUCGAAUUUACAUUGAUGGUUGUCGGCGAGACCGGGCUUGGAAAAUCAACGUUGAUAAACAGCCUGUUCCUAGGGGACCUAUACAAAGAUCGUCGCAUUCCUGACGCCCUAGAACGGGUCGAGAAGACUACGUCGGUUGAGAAAAAAACAAUGGACAUCGAGGAAAGGGGUGUUAGAUUGCGGCUAACGAUCGUCGAUACUCCAGGAUUUGGCGACUCCGUAAAUUGUGAUGACACAUGGAAAGCUUGUUCGGCGUACAUUGAUGAGCAAUUCCGUCAGUAUUUCACCGAUGAAAGUGGACUGAACAGAAAAAAUAUCCAGGACAACAGGGUUCAUUGUUGCCUAUACUUUAUUCCACCCUAUGGCCGUGGUUUGAGGCAGAUGGACUUGGAAGUUCUUCGACGACUGCAUCGCAAAGUAAAUGUAGUACCUGUAAUAGCCAAAGCAGAUACGCUCACAGCCCUUGAAGUAAAAAAUCUGAAGGAAAAAAUUCUGGCCGACAUCGACGAGCAUGAAAUCCAGAUCUACCAAUUUCCGGAUUGUGACAGUGACGAAGAUGAGGAUUUCAAGCAACAGGACAAAGAACUGAAGGCCUGCGUUCCUUUUGCUGUGAUCGGAAGUUCCACAGUUUUAGAAGUUGCUGGACGUAAAGUACGUGGCCGACAAUAUCCUUGGGGUGUAGUAGAAGUGGAAAAUCCGAAACAUAGCGAUUUUGUGAAGCUUCGAACGAUGCUUAUUUCAACUCAUAUGCAGGAUUUGAAAGACGUGACACAAGAUGUACACUAUGAAAAUUUCCGGGCUCAGUGCAUUUCGCAAAUUUCCCAACAGGCGAUACGGGAACGGAGUAAACUAAAGAGGGAUUCUGGGCCACACUUCGAGCACAGUAUAUCGGAUACGGACAGGCUUCUUUUACAAAAGGAUGAAGAGAUACGUCGGAUGCAAGACAUUCUCGCCCAGAUGCAAGAAAAAUUGAAGGCGACUGGUCAAGGCAGUGGAAUUGCAAUGCGCGGUCGAGUAGGAAGUCUAGGCAACGACUUAGACGUUGCGGAUGCUGAUAAAAAGCGGAACAGUAUUAUAGACGUUUAAAUACAAGGUAAUCACAAGUUACGGUUAACUCAUAAACCUGUAGGAGUGAUUUGAAUUAUUCUUGGUUGGAUACAUUAUUAUUUUUAAUCAACGCAACAAAAGAAAAUUAAUGAUACAUAAGGAAUUCGAUAAUAGCACAAAAUGAAAUUCUAAAAAUCUCACGAUUUUCAAGUAGUCAAAAAAAAAGCUAACCGCUUCCUUGCGCAAUAUAUUAUAAAUUUCGGGUGACUGUUUUGCUGCACACUCGUAUUACAACAAUUUAAGUGAGAAUUUCAUGAGUAUUAUUACAUUUAUAGUUACGUAUUGGUGUAUGAAUGUGUAGGCAUUUAUAGGCACACAUUAGUAUGAUAUACAUACAUAUUAUAUAGUUGUGUGCGACUAUGAUAAUUGAUAAUAUAUAUGGGAGUAUAUUUAGGUACAAUUAUACAAGAUAUAGGUACGUCUAUGCGGUAUAUUAAUCAAAUUGUGAAACAUAUAUCUAUGGUACAAUUUUUUGUAACUAUAAUGACAAAUGAAAAUGAGAAAACCGAAAUAUACAACGUAGCCCGUAAUUGUGGCCGAAUUGUAAAUGCUUAGUUUUUUUUUAUUACAUAUAAAUUCCCAAAAUUGUACAGCUUCAGAAAAGUAAUCAUUCUCUUUUAACUUAUAUUACUUUGUUCAUACGUACGAUAAUAAUAGUGGAAUAGAGAAAAAACAACAGAUAGAAAAUAAAUAUCACGUAACACCUCAUUUUUGAUAAUAAAUCUUGUACUUAACAAUAAAAAUAUUAUACAAACAUGAAUGAAAUGUCUAAUAUGCUAAUAUACAUUCAACUGGCAAAUAUACAUUUCGAGUGACGUAUCAAAUAUUCUGCAAACAAAUAGUAUAACACAGUUUAAAUAAUUUGAAAAAUACAAAACACGUUAAAAUAAUAAAAAUUAGUGUUUAUUCCAGAUUAUUAUACGCUCUAACUGUCGUAAUCUAAUUGUAAGUAGAAAGACCCGUUUAUUUUUAAUACACGUAUAAUAUCAAUCGUUUAGAAGAUUAGUCAAUCAAAUAAAUAACAAUAAAUAACCUGGUUAGGAAAUUAUACAAUGGAUGAUGAAAUUGAUCGACAAAUACAAUAACGGCUUACAUUUAAAAAUUUAUGUAUGAAAAAUCCGAGUUUUUUUUUAUAACCGAUCAAAAUCAUAGUACGUGACAACUAAAGUCCUUGGCAGAGGAGAUUAGGUUCUAUACAGGUAUUUUAAGCACGUUAUUUCCUUAUAAUGUCAUUAAUCUGUAUGUAUAUGCGUGAUGGUUAGCGGUGGCCCUUUUUCAAUUAAUUAUUUAGGUAUAGAAUAAUAGGUUUCGUAAUUAACAUAAAACUAUUAACCAAAAAGAUUCGUGACUAUUGAAUUAAAACCGUUG